CAGUCUGUCGCCUGUUGCUCCAACUAGUUGACCAGACAGCUCAGUGCAGGUCAGAAGUUAGAAACCGGUCCAUUCAGACUCUCUGCUCGUGUUUUAUCUCAACCGUAGCCUGUUUUUGAACAGCACGUUUUAUUCGUGGUCUCGGGACUUUGGAACCAUGCAGCUGAGUGCUGUCCAGCCGAGCCUGUGAGAUGGAGAAAACCUCAGCAGAAGAUGACUGCGUGGAUUCAGGAGCCGAGACCGGAGGGUCUGAUUACAGUCCCUUGUCCUCAACGAGCAGUGAGUUAUCCAUGGGCGAGUUCCAGGAUCCCUUCCUCGUCAGCGUCCACCUCAUCGCCGACCCCGGCCAGGGCAAGUUCCUGCAGCGUGCUGCUGAUGCUGUGCUGGCGUGGGUUCACCCUGAGCUGCAGCUCUUCCGGGUCUCAGAGCGGGCCUCCAUCUCCCAGCGACCCAGGCACAAGCAUCAUCAAAACGGCAGCCCGGCUGCAGCCUGCCAGCCAGCCCUGGCGGUCAUCCUCUUCGUCCAGGAGGGGUACGGCGGUGAGGAGCAGAUACUGAUGCUGCAUCGUACUCUGCAGAGGCCACCUUGGCACUACCACCACACCGAGAAAGUCAGCAAUGGCCGGCGGAUGCUACCGCUGACACCAUGCAGUCAAGACUUUUUCACUCUGUCUCCUGGCACGCCGCUGUGGGCUGUGCGGCAGGUCCAUUAUGGGAAAGAAAUCGUGCGAUUCACUGUUUAUUGCCGACAUGAGAAUUACGUCGACAUGGUGCGGCUUUACAAGCUGCUGCUUCAGCGCAGGGUAGCACAGAAGAAGGAGGACUUUUGCUUCUUUGUGGUGUACUCCAACCCGGAUAUGGAGAUCCAGCUGUCGUUUAAGAGGCUCCCCCGAGGUCAGAGCCCAGUGGUGCUGGAGUCAGCGGUGAUGGAGGUGAGAGUACGAGAUGUCGGGGCGCUGGUGCCCCUGCUGCCACACCCUUGCAGCCCAAUCAGUGAGGUCCGCUGGCAGACAGAGGACUACGAUGGAAAUAAGAUCUUGCUGCAGGUCCAGGGCGUACACUUCAAACACCAACAAGGUCCCUGCCACAUAUCAUCCAGUAUCACUGAAUCAGCCUCGGCUCCAUCUACCUUCACCCGAAACGCUUCCUCCUACAGGAACCGUCGGCACCACCAUCGGGCGACAUCCCGUCUCAGAGUCCACCAGACCCCCCACAGCUCCCACCCUCUGCCCUACGAGGAGCCGGACGAGCAGGAGCAGUGGGCAGACCAGCAACAUCCGGACAGCUGGAGGACCCAGUGGAGGGGCCACCGGUCUAGCUCCCUCUUCUCACUACCCAACCUGGGCUCAGCCAGCUCCCACUCCACCUGCUCCUCUCCUGGCCCAUCUCCCAGCCCCCAUCACAGGAGCCACUCCCUCAACAGGAGUUCCUCCCUCGUGCCGCCCUUCCGGCUCAACAUUGACGCUCUGGUUGGGGCUGAGGAGACGGAUGUGGACACAGGGGACAAAGUAAAUCCAGGCAGCAGUGUGGACCUUACAGUGGUGUCUGCGUACAUCAAAUCCACCAUGCCACAGACUCGGCCAUUAUCGGCGCCACCAGAAGACAUCGGACCCUCCCUCUCUCCUGGAAUCCCAGAGAACACCUAUAGGGCAGCCACACUGGGCCGGACUCCAAACAGCUUCACCACCAACACCCCAUCUACCUUGUUGGGGUUAAGGAUCCAAAGCACCAGUGUGAACACAAGUACCGCUCCAUCCCUGAGCGAUGUUUCCAUAAACCAGUCAGACAGUUGCAGCAUUAUUAGUGCACCAGUUGAAGAGGCAGACAAGGUAGAAGAAGACCAAGAAUUCUACAUUUGAUCUGUUGUUGGAAGCUGGGAGGACUCUCUCUGGCCAGUAAUGAAUGACAGUCGGUACAGUUCUACUCUGCCCCCUGGUGUUUGAUAGUAAAACUUAAAUGACAGUGAAACUGUAUCUGACGUUCUCAUGUAUUUGUUGUUUUUGCAUGUAGAUUUAAGCUUUGUAAAUGUCAGGUUAUAUGUAAGUAAAUGAAACUACACAUUUAAAGGACCAAUCACAUAACUGUGUACAGAAACACUAUUCAAUAAAUGUUUUUCUCCAUCACUUGUGCU